AUGACGUCCGCGUACGCCUCCCCCGCGUCGUCGUUCGCGGACUCCAUCGAGCGCGCGGCCGCGGGCGCGCGCUUCUCCUCCGUCGGACGCCAGCUCCUCGGCCCGCGACUGCCCGUCGCCAUCGAUUGGAACGACCCGCCGCCCGAGCUCUGGUACGUCGCGUACGUCGCGGGGAAGACGCUGCUGAACGUCGUCGAAGCGCACGGCGGCGUCCCGCGCGGCGUCCUCGGCGUCCUCGGCGUCAACGUGUACGUGUUCUGCAAGGUGCGAAGAACUACCGCGGCGAUGCGACGGCGACGGCGACGGCGACGCGACCGACGAACGCGAGAUCCCUCGUCGUCCAACAUCAUCGUAGACAGGACUAUCUAUCAUCCGACGCGUCGUCCACGGAUCGAUCCAUCGCUGAUGACCCUCACUCCUCCUCCUCCUCCUCCUCCUCCUCUUCCCCCUCCUCCCCGUCCUCCUCCUCCUUCCGUCCAGCCCGGCGGCGUGCUGUUCGGGGACGUGUGCCUCAACCCGUACGCGGUCCUGCACAUGAACCAGCUCGAGCGCGUCGUGACCUCCGCGUUCGUGCACAGAGACCUGUUCCAUCUCCUUAACAACAUGACGGGCCUAGGCGCGUUCUCUGUCUUCUCACACUGCACUGUCGAGGACGGAUCCUACGUCGAGAGCCGAGACGGCGUCGGCAGUUUUCUCGCGCAGACGGCGCUCCUUCUCGUCCUCUCGCAGGGCGCGCUGGUGACGCUGUCGUGGGCGGAGCGGAAGCUCACGGGGCGCGGAGGGAGUCGAGGCGCGAGCGGGUGGAUCGACGACGCGCUGGGCGGGUUGACUACGACGACGACGACGACGACGAGACGAUCCGGCGGCGGCGGCGCGGAGACGCUGCCGUUCUACAGCUCCGGCGUCGUCGGCUUCAGCGGCGUGAAUUACGCGUUGAAGGUGGUGGCGUCGCAUCGCCGGCCGCUAGGCUCGCGCGUCCUCCUCCUCGGCGUCCUCCCCGUCCCCGCGCGGUACUCGUUCUGGUGCGAGCUCGCGCUGAACACGCUGCUGAUGCCCUCGAGCGGGACGUUCGCCGCGCACUUCGCCGGCUGCGUCGCGGGUUUAGGUGCGUGA